AGGUCUCCUGGCCUGAGGCGUCCUCCCGAUCCCUCCCCUUACCCGGCGCCUCCAACGGAAGUGUAGAGAACCUGAGAAUUAAAACCAUGUGAAAGAGAGAUGGGGGAGAACAGCUGUAAGUGGGAAGAUGCUAGAAGACUUGGAAAACAUUCAUCAAGGAUUUGGCAUCCACGGCCCAAAAGUUUGUUAUCCAAGAUGAUGAAUGCUGACAUGGAUGCAGUUGAUGCCGAAAAUCAGGUGGAACUGGAGGAAAAAACACGACUUAUUAAUCAAGUGUUGGAACUCCAACACACACUUGAAGAUCUCUCUGCAAGAGUAGAUGCAGUUAAGGAAGAAAAUCUGAAGCUUAAAUCAGAAAACCAAGUUCUUGGACAGUAUAUAGAAAACCUCAUGUCAGCUUCCAGUGUUUUUCAAACAACUGACACGAAAAGCAAAAGGAAGUAGGGGACCGAUGUCCCUUCUCUUUCAUGGAGUUGCUGCUGACCUUUUUUUCCUUUAAAACUUCGAUAGAUUCCAAAAGUUACAGUACUUUUAUUUGUGGCUUCACUGAAUAUUUCUGAAGAUAAUGUCAGAUGUAGGCAAAAUUAACUACUUAACUGGAGAUUUCCACAAGUUUGUGUAUUAUGUUAGUCUAUGAAAAUGUGCAAAUGUAUUGUAGAGACUUUAUAAUUAGAAUCGCAUAUAUUUAUGACACUUGAAGAUGAAUGUUUUAUCAAGUUUACUUUGAUUUAUAGGCUUAGCACUGUCUUUUAUUAUAGGCUUAGUAAGAUACACAAGAAAAACCCACCAUGUUGUGAAAAAGUGACCAAAAUCAUGUCCUGAAUGCACAGCUUUAUGUACCUGUCCACCAUGUUGUGCCUCUGCUCCAUUUGCCUCUUCCUUCCCACUCCCUUCCCCAAGGAAAACAGUUUGACAUUUGUAAAAGUAAUUUUAAUAGUUAAUCAUCUAUGAUGUAAUCUGAACCCUAAUUGUUGAAACUUCACCAAAAUAAGAUACUUUCUCAGCUAGGGCUUGUCAUUUGUGAUAUUUAGUAAUAAGAUAGGAUUGCUGGUUUCUCUUUAAUCAAUUGAAACAGAUGGAGGCUAAAAAAAAUGAUUUUUCCUUGAAAGUAAAUUGUCAUGAUUUUUAAAAGCUUCCUUUUUUACAAGAUAAUCUACUUGGUAUCUGUAAAGAUAGGCGUUCUAGUCAGGUGUGUGCUUAAAAAUAGAAAAUCUUGAGGGAAAGUUAAAUAGGGUGUAAAAGUACUUUGUAAAACAGUAGGGAAACAACUGCAGAUGUUCUCACUCGAGAGUUGUCUGAGUUGUGUGAUCUCUAGUGCAGAGUACAUAUUUUGGGGAAUGUAUUUGAAAAUGGAUUGUUUAACCUUACAUAAGCCACCACUGGAAGAGAACAGUACAAAGAAUUUGGUCUCAAGGUUUAUUUGUAGAACCCAGCAGAUCAACUGCAAAACUCCUUGAGUAUAUUAGUAUCAGAAUUGGGAGAAUUUCAUGGGUGCACUAAUUGAUAACUUUGCUCAGUAUUUUAUCUUACUUGUUCUCCCAGAAUUUUCUGUAAAGUCAACUUGGUUUGCAGAGUUUUCAUUAUCUUUUAACAAUUUUUAAAAACUUAGUUUGUAGACUGUUUGGUAAGGGAAUAAUCAAUGUCAGAAGUAUUAUUAAAAUGUUCUAGGAAAAGAGAUCAAAUAAUAUAGUUUAUGAUUACUAGAUUUGACUACUUUUAAUCAUGGAAUAAUCUUAUUGUAGAAGUGUAAGAUUUGAUGUAUGAAUAUAUAGUAGUUACACUACAAACAUUUUGCAUCCCUUUUGUGACCUGAUUGACAGAUAUUUAAAUUGUGUUGCAAUUCUGCUUUGCUGUUUAAUAAAAAGCUGUUUCAGAGAUUA